AUGAGUCAGAGUAGCAAGGCCUCGACUUCUGAUUCCGAGGAAGAAAGAGUACAACGGAUGUUAGCGAGAGAGAGACGGAAGCUCCACGAGAUCAUGGAAGAAGUCGGCAGGAUGUCCUUUGGGAGUCAUGCACUCUUUAAAGCAAAUGAGGAGUUAAAAUUUGAAGUUAUGACAUUAGAACAAGCAGCAUUUGAAAAAGACAAGCUUGUUCGGGAGAAGGAUGAAGAAAUUAAAAAGCUGGUUGAUAUGAACAUGACUUCAGAAGAGGAUUACGCCAGACUGGACAAGAUAAACACUGCCAUGGAGAAGAAACACAGGGACUAUGACAAGGAAAUCACUGCCCUGAAGCAGAAAUUCAGGGCUCUGGAACAGGAGAACAUCAACCUGAUGGCAAAAACCAACACUCUGGAGGAGGAAAACGCCGCCCUGAAGAAGGAAAACGCCGCCCUGAAGGAGGAAAACGCCGCCCUGAAGGAGGAAAACGCCGCCCUGAAGGAGGAAAACUCUGUCUACAAGCAGGUAAACGUCAUCUUGGAGGGGGAAAACAAAGUUUAUGCCGAGGAAGUCUCCGACCUGAGGCAUGACAGGAGGAUUCGUCUGGAUAAGAAGACCACAGUAUUGGAGAAGGAAAACGCCGCCCUGAAGGAGGAAAACGCCGCCCUGAAGGAGGAAAACACCGCCCUGGAGGAGAAAAACACCGCCCUGCAGCGGGAAAACUUCAUCUUGGAGGGGGAAAAAAAAGUUUAUACUGAGGAAGUCUACAACCUGGGGAAGGAAAGGAGGCGGGAAAACUUCAUCUUGGAGGGGGAAAAAAAAGUUUAUGCCCAGAAAGACUCCAACCUGAGGCAGGAAAGGAAGGCUCUGUAUAAGAAAACUAUUAUCUUGGAGAGAGAAAACACCACGCUGAAGGAGGAAAACGUCGCCCUGGAGAGGAAAAACACUACCUUAGAGCUUGAAGUGGAACAGCUGAACAAAAGGUUCAGGGAAUUAGUGGAACAAGAAAACCAGGAGCCAUCUCAUGAGGAAACCGACAAAGACAGCCAGUCGGUUACAGAAGAGCCACAGAAGAACCCACAUCCAGGUUCAUAA